GAGCCUUUUUAGCCCCGGGAGUCCCAGCGGAGCCGGGGGAAAGCUGCCCGGUCGUGACGGGGCAGGAGGGAAGGGCGGGAGCAGCCCUGGGGCCGCUCCGGGGGCACCGGGGGACGGGGCGGACGUGGCCGGUGCUCCUCGAGCGGGACCCGGGAGAGGCCGACCCUCCCGGGCAGCCGGGGUGACCGAUGAGCGGGGCGGGCAGUGCAGCCCCAGGGCACCUCCCUGGACCGUGGGUUAAAGGGCUGUGCCCGACGGGCUCUGCCUACCAUCGCCACCUGCUCGCCCCGCUCCUCCUCGCCCCGCGCUGGAGCCGCAGGAGGAGCGGACCGCCGUGGCUCCUGAGAGCUACCGUCCUCCCCGAGGGUUCGCACACUCCCGCGUGCCGCCUUCUACGUCCACUUGACACGGCUCUGGCGGAGCUUGCGGGAUAAUCCCCAUCUGCCUGUGCCAGCGGCCACCCGAGCCCCUCAAGUGGCCAAUAUGGAUUUUCUCAUCAUCUGCCCCUUUCUGCUGGCAUUGCUGCUGUUCCAGGGCAGCUUCACAGACCUGGAGAAACAGAGAGUAGACUCUGGCUUGGAAAUCUAUAAGAAGCUGUUUGAGGUGAAGCGCAAGGACCAGAUGAAUGCUCUAAAGAACUUGAUCGAGCUCAAUGACAUCAACCAGCAGUACAAAAUCAUUGACAUCAUGCUCAAGGGACUCUUCAAAGUGUUGGAGGAUUCCCGUGCUGUGCUCAUUGCUGCCGAUGUGCCUCCUGAUGGGCCCUUCCCUCAGGAUGAGAAGAUAAAGGAUGCAUACUCCCACGUGGUGGAGAACACUGCGUUCUUUGGGGAUGUCGUCCUGCGCUUCCCCAAGAUUGUGCACCACUACUUCGACCACAACUCCAACUGGAACAGCCUCAUCCGCUGGGGCAUCGGCUUCUGCAAUUUGACGGGUGUGUUCGAGCAGGGACCUCACUCCCAGGUCCUGCAGCUGAUGACUCAGGAGCUAGGAAUCAGUGAGAAAUCGCCUGAUUACCGCAAUCCCUUUAAAACGGACCAGUCAGAGUUUUUCCCCAGUGCUGACACCUUUCAGAAGGCACUGCGGGAUGAGGAGAAGAGGAGGAAGAAGGAAGAGAAGCGGAAGGAGAUCCGCAAGGGCCCACGCAUCUCCCGCUCACAGUCAGAGCUGUAGCACGCCGAGACUUGUGCCUUGCAGUGGGGGUGACACCACUAGGACACAGAGUGGCUUGCUCCUUUCUCGGCAGCCUUGGACCAGUGCCUGGCCAUUUCCUUUCCAUUUGUGCUGUGUGUUUUGUUUUGUUGCAUUUCAUUUUUUUUCAGUAGAGGUUGGGUAGUAGUGCUGGUGGGUUGCCCCAAAGGGGCUAAAGUGGGAUACCCCGUCUGGCAGAGGUAAAGCACAGACAGGACAACACUGGAGCCAUCCCCUGGUCAGGAUGUUGCUGUCUGUGGGGAAGUAGGGUGUGAGGGACACGCCUCUGGUGGAGCCCAGGGAUCCCUCCUCACUGCAGCACACCCCAUGCUGAAGAUGCCUCCUCCAAUAUGGGCGGGCUGGGUAGUGAGUCAUUCCAAACAGCCUCAUGAGCAAUGCUGCUUCUCUCAGUUUUGCUUUUCAUUUUGUUAAACAAGUGAUCUCAUUGGCACCCCCAGCUGGAUUCUGGUCUCUGCUCUGCACAGCUGCUACCUCUGCCAGAUCAGACCUCUCCUUUUACCAGCAGCAACAUGCGUUUCAUUGUCCAGAUGUAGUUGAAAAUGCUGAUGGCAGCUGUUCCUGGCCAGUAGCAUCCAAUGGCCACCGCAGGUCAUUUCUGCAGAGAGGCAAAUGCACAGUGAAUUUUUGGACAGGAGGAGUUUCAGUACUUGGUCUCUUUGUAGCCAGUGGGUGGCUGUAGUGCAAGCAGCCCUGAGCCACUGAGAGCCUGUCUUGCAGCCCAUGCUUCAUCCUUUCUCUCUGGGGCUUGUCCUCUCUUAAUAAGUCCCCAAAGUCCCUUGUCAGGGGACAGGCAGAAGAGGGCAUGUGGCGAUAACAGGGCCAAAGUAGGGAGGGAGCCAACUUGAGGGGCUGCGACCCUCCACCGGGUGUCUGGGCUGCCGUGGUGGCAGAGGUGAGGGGCUGGCCCCAGGACCCGACACAGCCACCCUAUGAUUCCUCACCUGUGCUGAUGGCCUUGCACCAGAGCAGGCUCGUGCAGAGGGGCCUUCCCCAAGGAGCCGGUGCUCUGCGCGGGGCUGGCAGCAUCACAGCCUUUGAGGAAAGGGAAACAUCCCGAAUUUUUUAACAGCACAGCCAAGUCCCUCCAGUGGGGGGGAGGGAGUGGCAAUGGGCACAUUUGUUUUUUCUUGAAUAAAAUUGUAUUUUUUUUUUUAAGUAGAAGA